UUGAAAUCCGGUAUUUCUCGGAACCAACGAGCGGGCAAAAUCCACGGGACUUUCCCUUCGUGCUAACAAAACCUCUGAUAAGGCUCGAUUAUAGCACACAAACGUCUGAGCUUGCUCAAGAGUAUUUCUCAGGACGAUAAUACAGACUCGAAAUGGGGGGCGGAGGAAGCAAGAACCAAACGAGUUAUACCUACGUCGACAACACUGAAAAGGUGAGACAGGAAGAGGAGGCAAGGGAGAGACGCCGACUAGAGAAUGAGCGCCGUCAGAGGGAACUGCAAGAGCAGGAGAGAAUCGAGCGGGAAAAACGCGAGGCCGCAGCACUCGAGCGUCAGCGCUUCCAACAGCAACUAGCAGAAGCAGAACGACAGGAACAGGAACGGAGACGGGAGGAGGAAGAACGGAUUUUACGUGAAAAGGAGCAGCUGCGGAAGCUUGAGGAAGAGGCCGUCACCAAGCGCCUGGCGCUGUUCGACUACAAAUUCGGCGACAAAAUCAAUCUGGCGAGCUUUCGCAAUCUUGACAUUAGCGACGUGACGAAGCUGCGCAUUGGAGUUUUCGGACCGACUGGUUCCGGCAAAAGCUGCUUCGUUAACACAUGCGAAAGGACCGUCCGGAGAUCGGACAAGGGUUCCGCGCCAAUCAACUCCACCGGACGAGAAGGGACAAUUAUCCUAGAGGACUUCCUACAGGAGAUGUUCUUCAGACUGGUUGACACACGAGGGUUUUUUAACUACAACGCGAACGAGAGCUGUGAGUUCGUGGAUAUCCUCUCUGGAAGGGUCAGGCCCGGGUCUACCAUUAAACGCGAGCAAGACGAAGGCUUCGAGGGGAACAAUCUCGGGAGUACUCUGGAGGAGGUGGAUCACUUCAGCGAUCGAAUGCAUGGUAUCAUUUUGGUCGUCAAAGCGAAUGAUAUCCGUCUGAAGAAAGGGCAGCUUAAAGAAUACUUGCUGCCGGUCAGACAGACGCUACGACCAAUCGGUAUUUCACCGAUAACUGUUGUGACUCAUCGAGACAAGCUCAAGACAGAAGCGGAGUGUGAGCAAGCGCUAAACGACGCAUCCGCUGCCACUGGAAGCUCGCGAAGCCACACCUUCUUUGUGGCCAACUACUGUCCGGACAACCCCGGACCGAACGUCAAUACUGAGCUGCAGAUCUUUAACAUCCUGCACUUCGCUCUAUCGAUGGCUGAGCGACACGUGAAGAUCGUAAAGCAACAGAAUAAAAAUAAGAUGGAGGAAGACCUGAUGAGCGCAAUGCAGAACGCUGCCAUUGGGGCCCCAGCCAAAGCAGUCCUUCAAGCGCCUAUCUCGCUGUUCCUUGAGAUUCUACAGCAAAAGUACAAAUGGAGUGAGAACAGUGUGACGACAGUGACAGGCAAGCUCCAUCAGGAAGACAUCAGCAGGCUCAAGACCUUGGCCGAGUGCUGGUCUGACGUCACUCACUUCUUCCCACAUGGAAUGAGGGCAACGAUCGAGAAAGAGCUGGUGAGACUCCAGCUAAUUUAGAUUGAAAACUACAGAAUAAAGCUGUCUGGAAUGAAAUACAAAAUUUUAUAUAAGCACAAGUAUAUUAUCACAUAAUGAUUUGAGCUAGAAAGAGCUAAGGUCUAUGCUGUGCACUUUAAGACAGUUUAUUCCUCUGCAAAAUUAAAGGCUUUCUGUAAAUGUGUAGCCAUCCUCCCCACUAGAAGAAAACAAUUCCCAAGCACACUGUCUAGGCCUGUUUUACUACCUAAAUGGAAUCAUAACAAAAUAGUAAAAUGAAAUAUAAAAAGAUUUUCACAAUAAGAAUUGGCAUUAGUUAUGUAGUUACAGUCAAUUCAAUAUUCAAAAUAUAAACCAAUAAAAAUGAAGUUAUCACAAAA